AUGAGGUUCGUGACCAGUUGGCUGCUAAUGGCCAUAGCGAUAUGGAUCUGGUAUGGCACCAAACUGGUUGAGGCUGAAGAAAGAUUUCAAAAACUGCCAAUGAAAACUAAACUAAAUAUUGUUGUUCUGGCUAAGAGAUUACAAAAUAAAACCAAUUUUAAAGCACUUCAAUUCAAAACCAGUAAAAGCAGCAUAAUCCAGAGGCUACUUAAAUGGGCAAAAGAAAGAAGUGACCUUUCCGAACACUUUCUCAGUCCUAUUCCUAAACUAGAGACACCUACGUCUCAUAUGAAAGUAGCAUACCAGCCUUUAAAUGGUAAACGCACGAUUAGGUCUGUAAAUGAUACAGAAAAUCGCACGGAAAUUUCAGAAAUCGGCCAUCAUAUAAGAAUAAGACACGGUCAAAUCUUCAUUAUUCCUGGCGAGGCGCCCACUGAAGAAGUCACAUUACCCUAUGAACCAACGACCAGCGUAACAACAAUGACGCCACCAACUAUGCCACCAUGUGCACCACAAACGGUACCGCCAACUGCACCAGCUAACACAACACUGACAAUUACAACUACUGUGACACCUACUGCAGCACCAACUGCACCAGCUAUUCAACAAAUAACUGAAUCACUAACAUCAAAGCCUACUUCACCACCAACUUCAGCACCUACUGAACCAACAACUGUACCACCAACAUCACCAACUACUGUGCCACCUACUGCAGCACCAACCGCCGCAUCUACUGCUGCGCCAACCUCAGCACCUACUGAACCAACAACUGUACCACCAACUUCACCAACUACUGUGGCACCUACUGCUGCACCAACCGCCGCAUCUACUGCUGCACCAACUUCAUCACCUACUGAACCAACAACUGUACCACCAACUACGGUGGCACCUACUGCAGCACCAACCGGCGCAUCUACUGCUGCGCCAACCUCAGCACCUACUGAACCAACAACUGUACCACCAACUUCACCAACUACUGUGCCACCUACUGCAGCACCAACCGCCGCAUCUACUGCUGCGCCAACCUCAGCACCUACUGAACCAACAACUGUACCACCAACAUCACCAACUACUGUGCCACCUACUGCAGCACCAACCGCCGCAUCUACUGCUGCGCCAACCUCAGCACCUACUGAACCAACAACUGUAUCACCAACUUCACCAACUACUGUGGCACCUACUGCUGCACCAACCGCCGCAUCUACUGCUGCACCAACUUCAUCACCUACUGAACCAACAACUGUACCACCAACUACGGUGGCACCUACUGCAGCACCAACCGGCGCAUCUACUGCUGCACCAACCUCACUGCUGUGCCGCCUACUGCAGCACCAACCGCAUCUGCUGCUGCAUAUCAGCACCUCACUGAACCGUGGCGUUGCCACCAACCUGUUGCUGCUGCGGCGCCAGCCGCGGCAUCUGCAACCAACAACCUGCUGGACCAGUAGUCGCGCCGCCAACUUCACUACCAGCUAUCACCAGCAUCACCACCUACUGCUGCAGCAACCGCUCAACUGCGCCGCAUCUACUGCUGCACCAACCUCAGCACCUACUGAACCAACAACCAGCGCAGCUUCCACCAACUGCACCAACCUCGGCCUCACCAACUACCAGCCGCCAACAACCUACUGCGCAGCACCAACCGCUUCACCGCAUCUACCUGCUGCACCAACCUCAUCUGCUGCACCGCACCGACUGCUGGACCAACAGUUGAACCAACAACUGCGCACCUGCUGCAGCACCACCUAA